GGGAAGGCGCGACAGGCACGCAAAAUAUUAAAACUGCAAGACACGUGUAACUUGGUUAACUCCGUUGAUUCCGAUAACACUUCGACAACCCUUCUCUUAAUCACCGUGUAAGCAGGCGUAUCGCUCUUAGCCUGUCAACCAUCACUACCAGUUUAAUGAAUUUGAAGUGACGGCUGUGCGGUUAUGGGCGGGGUUAAAGGUUUAGCUGGACACGUGUUAAAUCAAUGGGAUUAGGGGCGCUGUUAAAUGUUUAAUUUAACCCAUCUUUAGCCACGCCACAUUCGGCAAGAUGCAAGAAGGGGGCCAGUCAGAUGAACUAAAUGUGGAAGUGGGACUGUCCACUGUGCUGGGACGGUCAGGUGGUUCUGAGAUAUUAGCUGUCAACAUCUCAACAAACGUACAACUGAAGUCUAUCAUGUGGAAAGUGAAGGAGGGAGACAGCUGGUUACGCAUCAUGCAGUGGCCCAUGACAAAUGAACAUGUUUGGAACUCCAAUUACCAUGGCCGUGCUUUCCUGAACAAAUGGUCCCUGGAGCUACACAACCUGUCACGGACUGACACUGGUUUGUACAAGGUGGUGGUGCUUGACCAGUGUAAUACUAUGAAGGAGGGAGUUGUCUACCUGUUGGUUCAAGACCCUAUUUCUCAGCCAGUUGUCCAUCAGUUGGUGUCAUCAUCCGACCCUCCCCUCAACGUGACCCUAAGCUGUGCCAUUGAAGAGGGGUAUCCCACCAAUUUCUCCUGGUAUAGAAACGGAAUCUUGCUGCACAGUACCCCCAGCCUAUCCCUUGUGCACCUACAGGCCUCUCACUGCGGUGUUUAUACAUGUGUGGUCAGCAACAUGAUCAGCAAGAAGGAAGUGACCUUCAGCUUGGAAGGUAUUCCACCAUGUGAAAGCAACCAAUAUUUCACCCUACAGCUAGUCGUUCUCUCAGUUGUCCUGGCUUCCAUCAUUCUUCUCCUGUUCAUAUGUUUCUGCAAGUGCUGUGAGCAGCAACAUGACAGGACUCAAGUGACCGAAGUGGAUGUCAUCUAUGAGGCCAUGCACCCCAGGGUGUCCUGAGAGAUCAUUAGUUCUACAGUACAUUCUGUCAUUCGGGCCUCUUUCAAAUAUGCCAGUUCCAGAGCUUGGCAACAAAAGUGUCAGUGUUGUGCUGAGAGAUUUCAUAUUUUACAUCUCUCAAUCAGGCCACCUUUUCUAUUCCAUAGGUUUGUUUUCUUUUCAGAACA